UUGGGACAUUUAAAUGGAGAUGAUUGUUGCAAUAUGAGCAAAACGGAGGUGUUGCUUUAUUAAUACAUUAUGGUUCUAGAUAUAAUGAAUUUUCCAUUUGUGUUGUGCCAGUUAUUUAUCAUAACUCAUCAAUAUGAAAAUCUUGCCAGUAAGAAAACUGUGACGGUCAGUAGUAGAUAUAAUAAUGGAUACUUUCCCCCAAGUAAAGCUGUGGACGGUGAUAAGAGUACUUACCUGCUGGACUGUUCACUGACAGCUUCCGGUCAGAAGGAGGCCUGGUUAACGGUGGAUUUAGGGGAAAAUAAAAAUAUUGCAUCAAUAUCAAUCUUACAUGGGGGCUUAGGACUCGAUGCAUCCUCAAUUAAUUCUGAUUUCUCUGGUCUUCAUCGUGAUUCUGAUGGAGAUGGACAAGUCUAUGGAUACAAUCCGUUUAGAAGGGUCUGUGGGGAUGAUUUUGAUACAGAAAAUGCCCAAGUGGUAUGCUUAAUAUGGGGGUUUCUACCAGAUAAUCCCUCUCCUUCCAAACUACCAGAAACAUCCUCACUUCAGUUUUUAGAUAAUAAACCGAACUGUAACGGAAAUGAAGUUAGCAUUAACAAAUGUCCCAAAGGUUCUAGUGGCUGUGGAUCAGGGAAUGGUGUAUCUGUAAAAUGUAAAAAGGGCAGCACCCUGUCUGGAUUUUCUGUCUAUGUAUCUGACACAGAAGACUGGAGGUCAGGGACUCUCUGUUAUCAACAUGACAUCCAACAAAUACCUCCUAAUAACGUCAUAUUGGACUGCAUCACUUCGGGUCGUUACGUCACUGUUUAUAAUAAACGAAGCAACACAACAUAUCCAGAUGCAUCCGAAUUUUCAUACAUUAAUAUUUGCGAAAUUGACGUCAUAGGUUGUGAAAUGGGAUUUUAUGGAGUUAACUGUACGAGGUGCCCUGGGAAUUGUUUGAAUGACUCGUGUCACUUUCAGAUUGGAGAAUGCUUCGAAUGUAAAGACGGAUACACUGGAGAGUAUUGUAAAACAGAAUGCCCUGUCGGUCAAUACGGACAAGGAUGUUCCUUCAGAUGUGGUUCCUGUCUUGGUAAUAAACCAUGUAACCACAUAAAUGGUUCAUGCCCUGAUGGAUGUUCUCCUGGAUGGAGGGGAGAUAAAUGUGAUCAAGAAUGUGAUCAAAGUUUCUAUGGACAACAGUGCAAUAUUUCAUGCAGUGAAUAUUGCAAGGGAAGACUUUGUAAUCCUACAACAGGUCAAUGUGAUGGUUGUAUUGAUGGCAGGUCUGGAUUUUUCUGUGAAACAGAAGUGAUAGUAAAUACUGCCGGUGCAGUUGUAUCUGAGGAAGCACCCUUCCUGAUGAUUGGUGCGGCGUUUGGUGCUCUUGUCCUGAUAUUGUUGGUGCUCCUAAUCAUCUGUCUGAUUGUAAGAAGAAAAAGAAGAUUAGACACAAAAACAGAAGAUGCCAUUGGACUACAGACACAGAUCACCCCAAUGUCGGAGAGAAAAGUUAAUUACUACUUAGAACAAAUCGACCAGGAAGGAAAAGGGGAUCAGGCGAACGUUUAUUACAAUGUUAGUUAUGUCGUCAACUCGGAAGAACAAGAAGAAUUGGAGCAGGAAGACACUGAAAGUGAAAUAGAGACAGGAGAUGACCUACAAGAAAUCGAGCUUUUAAGUGAAAAUUUAGGGGACAUUCCCGUGAAAGAGCUGCAUGACUACAUAUUGAGGAAGCACGAAAAUAUAGAUGAGGGCUUUAAGGCUGAAUUUAAAGCUUUACCAGAGGGUGACAUAAACCGUUGUUCCGUUGGAAGUUUAGAGAAAAACAUCUUGAAAAAUAGAUUUAAAAACACCCUUCCUUACGACCACUCAAGAGUAAUUUUAACAGAUCCUUAUGGCGAAGAUUACAUCAAUGCAAACUUUAUUCCUAGUAUGCUCAAAGAGAAAGAGUACAUAGCAUGCCAAGGUCCUAAAGCUAUAACCGUGAAGGACCUAUGGCGCAUGAUUUGGCAGGAAAAUGUUACCAAUGUUGUUAUGUUGACGGGAAUCAUUGAGGGCCAGAAGAGAAAGUGUGAACAAUAUUGGCCUAACCAAGGACGAACAAUCAUUUACGGAAAAUUAGCAGUUACCAAUAAACUGGAAGUUGUGUAUGCAUGCUAUACUGUAAGAAAUCUAGAAGUCAGGAACACUCAGGAUAAAAAUGCUACACUUCGAGCUUUUACCCAUUUUCAUUUUACUGGUUGGCCGGAUCAUGGCGUUCCGUCCACGUCACAGCUACUUUCAUUUUACUUCAAAGUAAGGGAGCAGAUUGCAAAAGAUAAGCAAAGAAGACCUCUUGUAGUCCACUGCAGCGCCGGUGUAGGGAGAACGGGUACGUUUAUUGCUAUAGAUGCUCUCGUACAGUAUGGACUAAAGACAGGAAGUGUGAAUAUCACUAAAUACGUCAGCGUCAUGAGAAGGGAGAGAAUGCAUAUGAUUCAGACAUCGGGUCAGUAUAUCACCGUUUACAAGUGCUUAGAUGAAUAUUUCAAUUUUCCACGUCACGUGGUCACACGAGACAAACUGGCCAAUCACACUGCCGACAAAGAUGCGCUACACAAGGAAUAUACAGAGUUCGUCAAUUACAUCAAACAACAAAGGCAGUAUGAAGCUAUCAACAUUGCAGAGGAACACGAUGCGAUGGAUAACCAACCAUUGGUUGUAGCAGAAUAUCCUUCUGUGUGGCUGGAAGAGGGUAUAGUGGUGUGUCACUAUCCAAAAGCGAAAGAAGUUUCAGAGUUUAUGUCAAUAUUAACGGACUGUUCGCCAUCUGUUAUCAUGACCUUAGAUUCUCUGGAUGAGCAACUUACAACAAAACAAUGGAUUCCAGAGGACCAUGAUUUGGUCAUCGGUAGAUAUGUUGUAAAGAAGACAAAGAGCAGAGUAGUCAGCCUCUGUAGAAGAAUAUCUACGACAAGGAUUACUAUUCAGCAUGGGGAUGAUGAAGAAAUUGACGUCAGAAUUGUGCAGGCUAUGCAGUCUGAAAAAUCGGUUUAUUCAAACACGACACAACUCUCUGAUAUCAUAGAUGCCGUAACGAGCAUGCCGUUGGACAGAGAGAAGCCAAUCAUGAUUAUACAUGAAGAUAACAACACUGAUGUUUUGAUGGCAGCAGUAGUGUUAAAUUCCCUGUAUCAGCUGAUGUUCGAUGGAGAAACAGACGUGUGUUUCAUGGCAAGAUAUCUACAUGUUUUGCAGCCUUCUGAAAUGCUAAAAUAUGAACAAUUUGAGGAAUGUUACAAACUUCUGCGAAGAUUUUCAACAAAAGAGAUUGUUGUGGAGAAAAACGAAAAACAAGAAGACCUUUAUGCAAACUGAAAAGAUUGAAUUUUUUUUUUUUAAUUUUUUUUUUAAACUGAACUAUUUAACAGAAUCCAUGAGCGCUCCAACUUUAUUGGAUAAUGUUAUCUGUAUUUACUACUUUAAAUUUUUCUUAGCAAAUUCAUAUGUUAACAAUAAAAAAAUAAUAUUUAUAGAAAAAAAGAAAGAUAGGUCAGUUAUAAAGCCUGGUCUGGAUUUUGCUUAUUAUUAGGGAAAGCGCUCAAAUAAAUGUGCCAUACCUAUCUCUCAGAUGAUUCUGUAACAAUAUUGAUUUCUCAUGAGAUCGAGUUUAACAGUUUUUAAAACUGCUUGAAUUUGGAAAAUCUUAUCAUCAAAAAUGAUUGGGGACUCUUUAUGAAAUGCAAAUAACUUACGAUUUUGAUGUAAUUCAUAUAUAGUGGUGCUAGUUUUAUUUGAUUAAUAUAUUAAUUUUGUACUGUUUUAUACGCGUUUAAAAAAUACAAUAGUUAUAUAUUUAUUCUAUGCAAUGUAUACUUUAUUUUUCAUUUUAUACGGAAA